UUUGUUUUCGGUACGCGGGCCUCUCACUGCUGUGGCCUCUCCCGUUGCGGAGCACAGGCUCCGGACGCGCAGGCUCAGCGGCCAUGGCUCACGGGCCCAGCCGCUCCGCGGCAUGUGGGAUCCUCCCGGACCGGGGCACGAACCCGCGUCCCCUGCACCGGCAGGUGGACCCUCAACCACUGCGUCACCAGGGAAACCCUGUCUUACUCUUUUUCUGUUGUUGUUGUUUUAAAUAUUUUUUAAGUAAACCAAGGCCUGGAUUUUGCUCUGGAAGUCUGUCCUGCCCGCUUCUGUAAUCUGGCGCUAUGCAUCCGGUUGCUGGCCCCUCACAGACACUGCUGUAUGUUACUCUCCCGAUUCUGUGCUCUUCCGUGAGUCCAGACUUGGCACCUUAUUUUAUUUCUGAGCCAUUGUCUGCUGUCCAGAAACUUGGUGGACCUGUAGUACUGCAUUGUUCUGCUAAACCUGUGACUGCUCGCAUCUCAUGGUUGCAUAAUGGAAAAAGAUUGGACAGAAAUGUGGAACAGAUUAAGGUUCAUCAGGGGACGUUGACUAUCCUUUCUCUUAACCCCUCCCUUUCGGGUUAUUACCAGUGCAUUGCCAACAAUAGCAUUGGCGCCAUUGUGAGUGGUCCUGCAACCAUAUCCACUGCAGUUCUUGGUGAUUUUGGUUCAUCAACAAAGCAUGUUAUUACAGCAGAAGAAAAAAGUACUGGUUUCAUUGGCUGCAAGGUACCAGAUAGUAACCCCAAAGCUGAGGUGCGCUAUAAAAUCCGGGGAAAGUGGCUGAAACAUUCCACAGAGAAUUACUUAAUCCUUCCAUCAGGGAAUCUUCAGAUUUUGAAUGUAUCCUUAGAGGACAAGGGAUCAUAUAAAUGUGCAGCUUUUAAUCCUGUCACACAUGAAUUGAAAGUUGAACCCAUUGGCCAAAAGCUGCUUGUGAGUCGCCCUUCUUCAGAUGACUUUCACAUCCUUCACCCCGCCCUGUCACAGGCAUUAGCUGUUCUCUCUCGUAGCCCUGUGACCCUGGAGUGUGUGGUAAGUGGGAUCCCAGCUCCUCACGUGCACUGGCUGAAGGACGGUCAGGACGCUGUGCUGGGAGGCAAGUGGAGAAGGCUGUAUUCGCAUCUUGCCACGGACAGCAUUGAUCCGGCAGACUCUGGCAACUACUCCUGUGUGGUGGGAAACAAGUCUGGAGACACCAAACACGUGACUUACGUGGUGAAUGUACUUGAACAUGCUUCCAUUUCUAAAGGACUGCAGGAUCAGACAGUGUCUCUGGGUGCCACGGUACAAUUCACGUGUGAAGUUCAUGGGAACCCAACCCCCAACCGUACCUGGUUUCACAACGCACGGCCCAUUCGUCGUUCCCCACGACAUCUGACUGUGGGAAAUGGAUUGAAAAUCAGGGAUGUUACCAUGGAAGAUUCUGGGCUGUAUCAGUGUGUAGCAGAUAAUGGGAUUGGAUUUACGCAGUCUACUGGGAGACUGGAAAUUGAAAACGACAGUGGACUCAAGCCUGUUAUAAUUUUAGCACCAGCAAGUGCAGAGGUGGCCUCUGGAGACUCCGUGACUUUGUCCUGCAAUGCCACCGGGGUGCCGGUUCCAGCCAUUCGUUGGUACGACAGGCAUGGAUUGCUGACCAGCCAUUUGUCUCAAGUUCUUAGAUCUAAAUCCCGAAAACCGUACUUGUCAAGACCUGGGGGUUCUGACCCGGAGCCUGUGUACUUCAUCAUGUCCCAGUCUGGCUCAAGCUCUCUAUAUAUUCAGGCUGUUACUCGGGAACACGCUGGGAGGUACACCUGCGAAGCUGCAAACGCACACGGAACCACACAGUCGGAAGCCGUCCUCACUGUUGUUCCUUUUGAAAUAAACACAAAAGCAGAAAGAGUCACACCUUCUGAUCCCAGUCAGAAUGAUAAAAGUGAUAGUUCAGAAACUGGACUGUUGAGCUCAUUUCCAUUGAGGGAACAUUCCAGUGCUACAGAAUCAUCAUCAGAGAAAAAUGCUAGUGGUGCCUCUGUCCCCGAUGCCCCCAUCAUUCUGAGCCCCCCACAGACGCACACACCAGAUACGUACAGCCUGGUCUGGAGGGCGGGGAAGGAUGGCGGGCUGCCCGUCAAUGCCUAUUUUGUGAAGUAUCGAAAGCUGGAAGAUGGUAUUGGCGUGGUGGGAAGAUGGCACACGGUUCGAGUCCCAGGAAGUGAAAAUGAGCUCCAUUUAACGGAACUGGAGCCAUCGAGUCUCUACGAAGUUUUGAUGGUGGCAAGGAGUGCAGCAGGUGAAGGACAGCCUGCCAUGCUCACCUUCCGAACCAGCAAAGAGAAAACGACAUCAUCCAAAAACACCCAGGCCUCCUCUCCACCUGUCGGCAUCCCUAAGCGCCCUGUUGUUUCAGAGGCUGCAGACAACUUUGGAGUGAUACUCACAGAUCCCUCCAGGCACAGUGGAGUCCCAGAGGCACCUGAUCGGCCCACUAUCUCCACUGCAUCAGAGACGUCCGUCUAUGUCACUUGGAUUCCUCGGGCAAAUGGGGGUUCUCCAAUCACUGCCUUCAAGGUCGAAUAUAAACGGAUGAGGACUAGCGAUUGGCUGGUGGCAGCUGAAGACAUUCCUCCUUCCAAACUUUCUGUGGAAGUGCGUAGUUUAGAGCCAGGUUCAACAUACAAAUUUAGGGUCAUCGCUAUCAAUCAUUAUGGUGAGAGUUUUCGGAGUUCGGCCUCUCGUCCUUACCAGGUGGCUGGGUUCCCCAAUCGUUUUUCUAACCGUCCGAUAACUGGACCUCACAUCGCAUACACAGAAGCUGUCAGUGAUACUCAGAUCAUGCUCAAGUGGACGUACAUUCCAUCAAGUAACAAUAACACUCCCAUUCAAGGAUUUUAUAUCUAUUACCGGCCAACAGAUAGUGACAAUGACAGUGAUUACAAGAGGGAUAUUGUAGAAGGUUCAAAGCAGUGGCACAUGAUAGGCCACCUGCAGCCAGAAACCUCCUAUGAUAUUAAAAUGCAAUGCUUCAAUGAAGGAGGAGAGAGCGAGUUUAGUAACGUGAUGAUCUGUGAGACGAAAGUGAAACGGGUUCCUGGAGCUUCUGAGUACCCUGUCAAAGACUUGAGCACCCCUCCAAAUUCUUCGGGGAGUGGAGGAAAUGCUGGGCCCACAACCAGUCCCGCCAGAAGCAGUGACAUGCUGUAUGUGAUCGUUGGCUGCAUUCUGGGUGUAAUGGUGCUUAUCCUCAUGGCUUUCACUGCCACGUGCCUGUGGAAGAACCGCCAGCAGGACCCCAUACAGAAAUAUGACCCACCAGGCUAUCUCUACCAAGGGUCAGACGUUACCGGGCAGAUGGUGGAAUACACCACCCUGCCUGGCACAAACCGGAUAAACAGAAACGUUCAUGGAAGCUUCAGUAAUGGCUGCUCCCAUCUGCACCACAAGCUCCCCAAUGGAGUCAGCGGGAGCUUAAAUGGAGGACUCUACUCUGGGCGCACGAGCUCUCUAACCAGGACACGUGUGGAUUUUGAACAUCCUCAUCAUCUAGCGAAUGGUGGUGGCCUGUACACGGCAGUACCUCAGACUGACCCGAUGGAGUGCAUUAGUUGUCGAAAUUGUCGGAACAACAAUAGGUGUUUCACCAAAACCAACAGCACUUUCAGCAGCAGCCCCCUUCCUGUGGUCCCAGUGGUAGCACCUUAUCCUCAGGAUGGUUUGGAAAUGAAGCCCCUCAUUCACAUGAAGAUGCCUGUAUGUCUGGCUUCCACAGUCCCUCACUGUGGUCAGUCACCUGAGAAGAGCAUCGAAGAUGACAAGGCACGAAGACCUGCUCAGCAUAUUUGCUGUCAAGACAAUAGAAAUGAGACCAACUCUGAUUGUGUGGAAGUUGCAGCAGAGUUCAACAGAGGAGACAGCUGUGUGCCUUCAGAAACAGAGAACAACAUUUUAAGUUGGAAUCCUCUUAUUUUGCCACCUGUUUCAAAGGACUGCACUGAAAAGACACCAUGGUCUCCUCCUGGCAUUCCUGUAGACAGCCCUUCAGGGGUCCUUCAGCAAUCCCAGGAAACCUGAGGAUGUGGCAGUGCCUCGUCAUGUUUCCACUUCAAGCCAGUAACUGCACAAAACAGGCCUGGGGAUGGACUGUGUGAAGGACAUUAAUUCAAUUUCAGAGAAAAAUCAUUAUUUAUUUUUUGUAGUAGUAACGUCAUAUGAAUGUAUCUUAAAAUGCGUGCCCUUUUAUAUUAUUUAUGCCUUAAAAGUUUCCCUCCCUAUUUCUUCCUUCCCCCUCAGUAGUAAACAACCUGGUUUGGCAUAGUUUUCAAUCAUAUGAAAGCAGUGGGAUCAUUCCAUGUUGUCCAAGAGCCUCAGCGACAGUAAGAGCCCCUCCUACAAGGAUCCCACCUAUUGGCUGACUCGCUAAGGGAGACUUGCACAGGCCAUUGGAACGUUUCAGAUGGAAAGCUGUCUUUCACUAUCACGUUAUCAGACUUUCUGAGAACAUCUGUAGUCAACCACAGUUGUAGCCUGAUGUUUGUAAUAACAGAUGUCUUGUGAAUUUGAUGAGUGCCUUCCACAGAAGUGAGAGUUGACCUAUAGACUGUGUGCACAUGGGCACAAGUUAUGUCCAGCUUUCUAGGCACUAAUCACAAAGAGUGUCAUGGACAUGGUGGUGGUUAAGUCUGGUUGGGUUAUUGCAGAAGGCAGAAAGGGAGCCAAGGCCAGAGAGAAAAAGAAUGCCUACUAAAAUUUAAAAUUGCAUUUGUUUAUAACAUGGUCACCAUGGGACUCUUUUUGACUGUUUCUAAGAGUAGGAGCAAAGUAAGACUUUCAAGUAUUGACUGGAAGAGAAAGAUCUGCAUUUU